AUGGUGCUCAUUCCCAGAGGCCGAGUCGUUGUCACGUUCCUGAGUGUAUUCUGGAUCUGCCUCGUUUCUUGGUUCGAGUACUUCCGCUUCUCUCAUGAUGGAAAGCAAUGUCCAUGGCCAGACAGCAAGUUCUUACCAAGCUCUGACAGCACCGUCAAGCCAUACCAUAUCCUGGUCAUUGCCGACCCACAGAUCCUAGACCACAGAUCCUACCCAGAGAGAGGCUUCUUCCUAUCAUGGAUAACCCGACUCAUCGUCACUAUCAACAUGCGCAAGAACUGGUGGGUCGCAAAGUCAAAGAAGCCAGACGCCGUCAUAUUCCUAGGCGACUUGUUGGACGGAGGUCGAUUCGACAUGUCUGAUUCAGAAUACAAAAGCUAUGUUGGGCAAUUCAACAGAAUAUUCCAACUGGACUCUUCUAUACCCAAAUAUUAUAUACCCGGCAACCACGACACAGGCCUCGGAAUAGUCGAAUGGUUCUCCCCAGAUCGCUACGACCGCUAUAAAUCCUAUUUCGGCGAACUGAACUAUGAAGUCCACGUCGCCAACCACACACUGGUCUUCAUCGAUGCACCAGGCUGGGCCGAUGAAGAACACAAGAUGACCGUUGCAAAGAAGACAUUCAAGGAUUGGGAUCCUCUCCCUGGCGGAGCUAUAGAAUUCAUCAAUAACUGGAAACGGACGGACAAUGAACCUACGAUCCUCCUCAGUCACAUUCCCUUGUAUAGACCUGACGGUAAUGGCUGUGGCCGCCUCAGAGAGCGGGGGAGAAUUCGCCCAGGCGGUGGUUUAGGCUAUCAGAACACUCUUGGAAAGGACGGAAGUGAGAAACUUCUGACCACCCUUUUCCCAACUCUAAUCCUCAGCGGGGACGACCACGACUACUGCUACUACAGACAUUUCGUCCCCUCUGUACCGGAAAAUCCAAACCCCGGGAGCGCGAAAGAAAUCUCUGUCAAAUCCUUCUCAAUCGCGAUGGGCAUCAAGCGACCCGGCUUCCAACUUUUGUCCCUCGCACCCACCCCCCUCCGCAACCCUGACCACAAAUACAAACCAAAUGACGAUGUACCCUGCUUUCUCCCCGACCAGUUAGGGAUUUACAUUAGGAUUUACCUUCCCGUGUUUGUGCUCACAGUGGCGCUGGUCUGCAUGACAAACCUAUGUUGCUGGAGAUCGAAGGCCAGUAGGAGGAGGCACAGGCUGACCAGGAGCCAGGACUACGAGAGCGGAAAGCUCAGUCGGUCACCGGAGAGGAGAAGCAGUUAUCUUCCUUCGCCUGUCUCCGCGACGAUGGAUAGAAAUGUCAAGUCGUCGGACAAACCACCGGUCUGGCCCAAACUCUUUUUCUGCUUCUACCCUCGAGGCACGGGGAGGAGACACAACGCCUGUCUCAACUGUUUGCUUGAUAUUAGAGACAUCGCCAUCUACCCACUUGCUAUCUUUGUAAUCAUCUCAUAUUGGUUCUCGUAG